UGUGUGCUUUCCAGAGUGGUAGUUAAUUACUCACUCCUGAGUGCUUCUUCAGCUAUUUUGGUAUUUAAGUGUGCCUACUCCUCCACCCUCCUGUUUCCUGAGUGGUGUUUGGCUUCCAGUUUGGGCAGAUGAAGGCUUUUCUGGGCUUCAGAGGGCUGUUUCUCCUUUCCUUGAUGUGGACUUGUGCUGGGGACUGGUCAGCUGUGCAAGUACAAUGCAGCUACUUUUGGUUCUAUGCCAAGAUUAAACCCACGAUAUUUCACAAUAUUUAUAUGGCACCUGAUGAAGCAUUUUUAGGAGAUUACUGUGCUGUAACCCGUUUUGAACCAGAUGUUUUCUAUGAGUUUUUCUACCAUUCUUAUGACUGUGGCAUCAUAACUAAAAUUCUCCAAGAGACUCUUCUGCUUAAAACUAAAAUCAAGUACAUCUCAAAAAUCUCCAACAACCAAGCUGAAAUGCCCUUAUCAUGUGUUGUUCACCAUCAUAAUCCUUUUUUCAAUGAUGUUGAAAUAAGAGAUAGUGACACCGACAGUGAUAAUGGAUGGGAUAUACAAGUGAAAAUACAAGCUGAAAGCACAGGCCAAGGAGGAGACAUGGUAGUCACUUCUGCGGUUUGCCCAUGGCAGGCCAUGUUUUUGCCUUCUCCUGCU